ACCCCUAACAACGACCAUGACAACGAGUACACUAUUAUCCGGAUAUUAAGCGGAAGUCAAUAUUCUUCGUCAAUUAUGGCGAAAUUUGAAAAAGAACCCCCUAAUUUUGUCCACCAGAAUGCAAUAUUAUGCGAAACUAUACAUAAAGAACAGCGAACAUCAAAGUUAUACACAAAUUACAGCGUAAACCCAUUUAAAAAGAUCCAUGUGAUUACUGGAAAACCUAACUCAUCCCAUGACACCGAGGAAGGAGAAGAGGAUGAGCACUUCAAGAAAGUUAUAUCAAGGGCCCAUUUAGAACCAGUUAAGAAAUACACCUACCCUCAGACAGAAGCCCAGGAAGUAGGCUGGAUCACUAGACCUCUUAUUGAUUUUGACAGAUCUGAUAAACGGCUGCACCAUUUCCGACAGAACACGGCAAUCACAAAAUACAUGGAUGCUGCAUGGCGAGUAAAGGAACAAACUGAAAAUUUGAAUAAUUUUAGCUGA